AAGGAGAAAAACUACCAUGGCUUCCAGUUCUUUGAUAAAACCUCAGACGCGUGGCCUUCUGGCCAAGCGUCUGCGAUUUCAUAUUGUUGGAGCAUUCGUUGUCUCCUUGGGAGUUGCAGCUUUCUAUAAGUUUGCUGUGGCUGAACCAAGAAAGAAGGCAUAUGCAGAUUUCUACAGAAAUUAUGAUUCCAAAAAAGAUUUUGAGGAGAUGAGGAAGGCUGGUAUCUUUCAGAGUGCAAAGUGAUUUUGGAAUAUAAAGAAUUUCUUUGGGUUGAGUUCCAUGGAAGUUUGUCACUUACCUGUGUUCCUGAACUAUGAACUACUAAUAUCUGGGCUAAGGAACAGU